AUGUCGCAACAUCUAUUUAACACCCUCGUCCCUCCCCGCGCUCACCUGGGCUGGACCCGUGAGACUUCAAGAUCCUGGAACCCAUACACCUACCGCCUCAAGUCGACACACGCUGUCAUCAUGUCGGACAAAGAGUUUGGCAACAACGACGACCUGUCUCUCCCCAAGGCUACCGUCCAAAAGAUCAUCUCCGAGGUUCUACCUCAACUGCCUCAUGAGGAUGCUAACUCCAGCAAGGAAGGCGAGAUGACCUUCACCCGCCCUGCCCGCGACCUUCUCAUUUCGUGUUCGCUCGAGUUCCUGCGCAUGCUCUCCUCCGAAUCUAACGACAUCUCCGAGCGCGAGUCCAAGAAGACGAUCAGUGUCGAACAUGUCGAACAGGCACUAACAGACUUGGGAUUUGGAAGCUACAUCGAAAGCUGCCGCGGUGUCGUGGGCGAGUGGCAGGAGGUGCAGAAGAAAAGGAUCGGAAGAGGCGAGAAAAUGCGCAACUUCGGCGGAUUUGAUAAGAUGGGGGAAGAGGAGCUGAGGAAGAUGCAAGAAGCACUGCUGGGGGAGGCAAGGGGAAGGAUGGAGGGCGGUGGCGCCGGCCAGAACGAUGGGCAGUAG